GGUCCCGCUCGGCCCGGCCCGACAGACCCAGCACAAAGCGGGGAGCAGAGGCUCUCCGGGCUGGAACCCACUCACUCCAGGGGUUGGAAUCCCCCCCCGGGCUGCGGGGUGUCUGUGGUGUGGUGUAGGUCCUGAGGGUAUCAGCAGUCAGCUCCGGGCUGGGCCGCUGGCGGGCAGGCAGCAGCAGGCAGCGGGGAGGCUGUGAGGAGCUGGUGCCACAUCUCCCUGCGUCCGUGCUCCCGACUCACCCAGCAGAAGGUGUGGCUGGGCUGCGCACUCCCGACUCCCGUCUCUUCUGCUCCGUCUGUUCCUGGUGGGCAAAUCGGAGGCCUGGUGUGAUGGGGUUGCUCUGAGACCUCGCCCCAGGAGCUUCAGGCCUGGAUGUUGGUGCUGUUUCUCCCGGACAAUGUGGCUGAUACUCUGGAGAAGCCCUCUCUUCCCCCCUGUUCUCCAAGUGCCUGAGCUGGUGGCCAGCUGGGACCUGCGUCUCACCCUCUGGGUCCUGAGCUUUGCCUCGCUGGUUGUGCAGAUGGAGGGCCAGGUCUACUCACCCACUGUCAACACGCACUAUGGGAAGUUACGAGGGGUGCGCGUGCCGUUGCCCAGUGAGAUCCUGGGGCCCGUGGACCAGUACCUGGGGGUUCCUUAUGCCGCUCCCCCCAUCGGGGAGAAGAGAUUCAUGCCCCCCGAGCCACCACCAUCCUGGUCAGGCAUCAGGAACGCUACCCACUUCUCACCAGUCUGCCCCCAGAACAUCCACAACGCCGUUCCCGAGAUCAUGCUGCCCAUCUGGUUUACCUCCAAUUUGGAUAUCGUGGCCACGUACAUCCAGGACCCCAACGAGGACUGUCUGUACCUCAACAUCUACAUCCCCACGGAGGAUGUAAAACGGAUUUCCAAGGAAUGCACCCGAAAGCCCAACAAGAAAAUAUGUAGGAAAGGAGGAGCCAGCGCUAAGAAACAGGGCGAGGACUUAGCGGAUAAUGACGGUGAUGAAGACGAAGGUAUUUCUGUGCUCGAGGCUGCCACUGCAUGACACGCCAAGCAGCUCCGUUUGCCCGCCAUCCGCUGCCACCCCCAGGGAGCCCUGUGUGUGUCUGUCUGCCGUGCCAGGCAGCUGCGCGGGGUGGGGGGCAGGCUGGCCGGCUGUGCAGGGCACCCAGGACCUUCCCCUCCUCCCCAUGGGGGGAAAGCUCAUGGGGUUUUUCCGCUUUAGGAGAAGUUUGCUCCUGCUCAGUUGGAGCGAGGGCAGGGAGGAAGCAUGGCAGCUUGGGAGGAGAAAAGCCCUCGGGCACCUGGGCCCAUUUCACCCUGAGCCCAGUCACAUCCCACCUCCAGCCUCAUCCCUCCAGAGUCAGUGACAUGCAUCUGGGAGCCAGCAACCUCCCCAUCCGCCCUUGCCCGGCCCUGCCGUGGCUGUGCCGGCAGCCUGAACACUCGGCACCCAGAGGGCAUCUGGCCAUGCACAGGAGACCCAGGGUCCGCUUGGUUUCUUCUCUCCUUCCUCACCCGGUGGAAGUGAGGUCUUGCUUGCAAGCACCAGCCGAGACGGAGCAAGUGGCCUUUCAAGCAGAUGUGAUUCUAGAUGUGUGCCAGCACUAAGCAAGCUGCAGAAUAGGCUAUUUUUAGUAGAACGGGGUGGUUUGUCUGCAGGUUAUGGAGUCGGCAGCGUGUUUGGCUGCAGAGAUGUAAUGAGGAGGUAGGAGGAAGGGUUGGCCAGGGUGCAGCCCUAAUGUGCUGAGGACAGUAAAGCCUCGUGGUGUGCAGGAGGCCCAGGCAGCUCGAACAAGGCCUGGCAGAUGGCAUUUAGGAUCUGGGAAAUAGAUGAAAAACUUUUUCCUUGGCAGUACUAAAACCCUGUUGUUUACUCCAGCUAACCUGUGCCCCACGAUCUCUUGUACCAGGGCGUAAACUGGCAUUCAGCCUAAGUGACUCGACUGUGCUAAAUCCACACACUCCAAAAUGUACUGCAGCGGUUGGGAGCUGUUUAUUUCCUGGUACAUCUCUGUACAUUGUUGCCAUUCUGCUGCGAGGAGGGCCCUUUGUACAUCAGGGAAUGGGUGCAGGAUGGAGAAGCCAUGGCAUUGAUGUUCCUGCCCCUCACGUUUCAAGCAGGUGGUUGUCCUGAUGUAGCUCUGCCACACAGGCAAUGUCUGUCCUGGAGGAGCUGCAAGCACAUUUUGCUCCCCCUGGUCUGUGCAUUUAGGAAAAGCCAGGACAGGUUUUGGGUUUGGCAUAGCCUCAUUCUCCUGGAGGGAAGGAGGUUUUCUGUAUGGGAGGCCACCUUUAGCCAUGCUGUGGGCCACAGCUGGAGGUGAGAAGGGCCACCGAUACCCAUCAGCCUGGCCUGCAGCCCCGUGCCGUGGGCAAACCACAGGGAGGAGUGGACAUGGCAGGGGUUAGGUGGGUGUGGGUGAGCAUGACCUGCCCAGCCGGUGGUCAUGGUGUUGGUGUGGCUGUGGCCCAAGAGUGCCAGUCCUGCUGCACUGCUGAGGGAGGCAGGCAGGGAGCAGCAGCUGCCUGGGGCAGCUGAGGCCAAGCAGGCACUGCCAGCCCACCUGAGCAAGGUGCUGGGCAUGAGUGAGCACAAGGGAGAAGGAAGUCCAUCAGUGCUGGAUCGCCAGCUCAGGACAGCGCUGGGCAGCGCAGGCAUGUGGGACCUGGCAAUGUCUCCAUGGCGGGGGAAACUGCCUCGUCUGUGUGACGUGGGCAAGGUGCACCAGGAGCCCAAGCACAGGUACUAUUCCCUUGUGGGUGGCCAUGGCUCCAUGAGGGAUCACCAGCCAGUGGGGCAGGAGGGGCAGGAUGUCCCCUGGACAGAAGCUGAGAGAGGGAGCAUGGCUGCUCCCUGUGCACUAGGCUCACACAGUCCUUCCUCCCCGACCCUCGGGGUCCCAUUCCCCAUCCUCACUCCAUGCCUCAUGCCCUGUCCUCGUCCAGAUGCCGUGCUCACCUCCCUGACACGCACACGUGCAUACACUGUCUGCCUCAUCACCAUGUCUAUGUCUGGGCACUGGGGUGCCGUGGGUCUACAUCCAGACAGGCAGGUCUCUGCCUUCCCAGGGGAAUGGGAGUGGGAGAGUGAGACAUUGGAGCACA